AUGAAUCCAAGCACUGCACACGGCCCUGUACUGUUGGUGUUCCCACCAGAGCUCCCGAUUGCCAAAUUGCAGCAAGGUGGUCUAACAGCCACACCUUACGUGCCUGGAAAUCCCUUAUCAAAACUGAUUGCUUCGAAACUGAAAAUCCUUGGGACUCUCCAGAUCCUGUUUGGAAUGAUGAACUUUUCUUUUGGGGUCAUCAUGCUUUUCACCUUUGUAGACCCCUACCCACGGUUUCCCUUAAUAUUUCUGUCAGGAUAUCCGUUCUGGAGCUCCAUUUUGUUCAUUAAUUCCGGAGCCUUCCUAAUUGCAGUGAAAAGAAAACACACAGACACCCUGGUGAUGCUGAGCCGGAUAAUGAAUUCUCUUAGUGCCCUGGGAGCAAUAGCUGGAAUCGUUCUUCUCUCCUUUAGUUUCUUACUAGAUCAGCACUACCUUUGUGGCUUUUCUGACCAACUCAUGCACUGUCAUGCGAUUACCACCUUACUAAUCGGGAUUUUUAUUAUGCUGAUGGUCUUCACCGUUAUCGAAUUAUUCAUUGCUCUGUUUUUCUCAAUCUUUGGGGGCCAAUAAGCCUGAAGUAAUUAUGA